CCCGCCACUCCACCCCGGCUAGUCCUGAUGUGAGCGCCUGCUGCAUGAACGGCUCCCCUACCAGCCGCCUUCCCUCAAAAAGUCUUGUCCUUCCCGUCUGUCCUCGUCGCUGCUGAAGCUUGUUUCGCGAUGAUCAAUCUGUGCUGUGUCUGGUUGACCGCAGAGACUUGACUGGUGCGAUUUGUCGACUUUGCUCGGUUCGCUGUUCCAUCCCUCUCUUUCUUCCUUCCUUCCUUCCAUCAUGAGUCCCUUUUCCGUUCCGCACUGGGUCGCUGUCCUCCUGUUGUGUUUGGGAUGGACAAACGCCCACAGUGUCAUCGUCUACCCGGGCUAUCGAGGGAAUAAUCUGCACACCAACGGCACCGUCGAGGCCGCUGACGGUCUGGGUGUCGCCUACAACACCAAGAAUGACACCUACAUGUACCCCUACGGCAUGCAGUGGAUCUAUCCAUGCGGCGGCAUGCCCACCUCGCAAAACCGCACCAAAUGGCCCGUCGGCGGCGGUGCCAUCUCCCUCCAGCCCGGCUGGUUCCAAGGUCACGCCACAGCCUUCAUCUACAUCAACCUAGGCAUGGGCGCGACUCCUCCGAACAUGAGCCACCCGAUGGUCCCGCCGUUCCAGAUCGUGGGGCCGACCAACGACCCCUACCCGGGCACCAUCUGUCUGCCGCAGGUUCUGCUCCCCACAGGGGUGUCUCCCAAGGUGGGCGACCUUGCCACGAUCCAAGUGAUCGAGACUGCCAAACACGGAGCGGCUCUAUAUAAUUGCGCCGACAUCGAAUUCGCCGAACCAGAAGACGUCGCAGAAGUCACCCGCGACAACUGCUUCAACUCCAGUGCCAUCUCCUUCGAAAGCGUAUUCACAUCCACCUCGCUGAAAUCAGCCGCGCAGCCGCGCAGCGCGAUAACAAUGCCCAUGGCAUACGUGAUUCCGUUCGUGGUGGGCGUUGCGGCCUGGAUGACGUUGUAGUUUGGUUUUUUAGCAUGCAUAACCUGUCAUAUCUCUCAUAUCAUACCCAUAUAGUAUUGUCUUUCCUUUUUAUUACUUUAUUACUUACUGUCAGCCUGACAAGUGUGACUGUUAUUUAUUGGCGUUACGGUAAUUAUCCAUCACUCUAUGAGUGUUGAUGUGGUGUCCUUCCACCGGAUACAUCUACAUAACAAAUACGAAGUUCGAAGUUACAGGCUGGAAGUCUAAUUGCCUUCUUCCGGUAUCAGAGCUUGCU